UGUUGUUGUUUUGGGAGACAGCAGAGGAGUCGCUCACUGAGUGGUGUCAGCUCGGAAGGUCGUCUAGUCUACAGUCGGAACUUUAUUUCUCCAAAACAAAACAAAUUUUCAUCAGCUCUUCACAAAAGACCGGCAGCAUCGCCUUCCAACAUGAAUCUAACGGUGACUUUGCUGACUGGGGAGUCCUGUUCUCUCAUGGUUUCACCACAGAGCACUGUGGGCCAGCUCAAAGUCCUCAUCAGCCAAAAGUUUGAAGUGGCCCCACGGGAGCAGAGGCUGAUGUACCAGAUGAAUGGCCACAAUGUAACGCUCGGCGAUGAUUCGAGAUCUUUGAGCUCCUACAGUUUGCUCCCUGGAUCUGAAGUGCAGUUGCUGAUAACGAAGUCGACGAAGAUCCAGGUGUUCCUGAAAAACGAAAAGGGCACAACGAAGACGUACGACAUCUCCACUGAGGAGAGCGUCUCCGACUUCAAACGCAAGGUUGAGAGCAUGGAGGGCGUGCCUGUGAGCCAGAUGAGGCUGAUCCACGAAGGAAAAGAGAUGGAUGACCAACACAAACUUAGGGACUACAACGUCCGCGAAGGAAGCACCAUCUUCCUUACCUUCCGUCUGAGAGCAGGCUGAGAAGCUUGGGACACACGUGACACACCCACUAUGCCAUGCAUUUAUAAUUAAUUAUUCAUUUAAGAGCCGUGUUCAAACCAUGUCUUAGGAUAAACUUUAUUUUUUUUAAAUGACCAACACGCACCUUGGCUUUCUGUAACAUAGUUUGUAAUCCUGUGGUUAAAUCUUUUAAUGUGUUGUUAAAAAAAGUGUCUUACAGUACAUUUGUAUUUUGGCAACUACGUCAAAGGCAAUGCGGUAUGGAAUUGUUAAGAGAUUGAAAAUAAUUAUAAUAAUAAAAUUAUUUAAGUAUAUAAAAC